UUGUGACUAGAAUGCUCGAGUCGGCGACAAAGCACGCGACCGUCAGCAUUGAGGCCAGCAGCAGCGAUCCCAUGCUUUACUGCCUCCAUGGCGCACUCGACCUGGUGCUUGCAAAACACAAAAUCAAGGGAGGAGCUGAGAGAGAGAGAGAGAGAGAGAGAGAGAGAGAGAGAGAGAGAGAGAGAGAGAGAGAGAGAGAGAGAGAGAGAGAGGGAGAGAGAGAGAUAGAGAGAGAGAGAGAGAGAGAGAGAGAGAGAGAGAGAGAGAGAGAGAGAGAGAGAGAGAGAGAGAGAGAGAGAGAGUGGCCAGCAUGGCGUAUGCGUUGCUGCAGAGACGGGAUACAUGAUGGAGCCCACCAUAGAUUGGUAAGCCUUGAGUGCCCGUUCCUUGCUGCCCCAUGUCUCAAUCUCUGCCUUUACAUCCACUUCUUUGUGUGCAAGGCUGCUGAGAGGUGUUGACACCACUUUUGAUGUGCCGUGCCCUCCAAACCUCUCCCGCAACCUCUGGCAGUAUUUCUUUUGGUAUAGCAGCAACUUCUUCUCCUCCUUGUUCCGCUCCAGAUUCAUCCCAAGGAAGAGAGAUGCUCUUGGGAUCUUCUUCACUUGGAACACUGCUGCAAGGGACCGGUCAACGCUUCUUCAACUGUGACUGGCUCGGAGGGCAGGUUGUAUGCCUUCCUCCUCUCCUUGGAGACAAGUGCGGUUGCCGACAUGGUGAGUAGAAGGUGAGUAUGAACAUCCUUCCAUGGUGUCAUGAGGAUUUGGGCAUACCGGGGAGUGGGUUUCUUUACCCGUUUCCCUCUGCCCAAUUCUUCCUUCCUUUUUUCAGCUCCACCCAUUUGGGCUACAGCUCCAUUGUUUAGCCCUUGCUCCACUGAGUCUUCAUCAAGUUCCCGUCCGAUGAGAAUAGCGCCUUCCUCAAGUAGGCCUUCAAUUUCUGCUGCUGCCUUGUCAUUGCUUUUUGAAUUGAUCAGCUUCCACGGGUUGGUGUGGUCCGAGCUUGUAGCGUCGUCCACUUCUUCCUCUCCAUCAUGCCCAUGCUGAUUUUCUGCUUCAUCUUGGUCAGCACUCUCUCCAUGGAUCCCACCAGUUCUUUCCUUUUCCUGGUUGCGCUCCCUUUCAUCAUUUGGUUCCUUGGGUGGUGCUGGAUUCUCCGGGACCUCCCACACCCAAUCCACCCCUGCAGUUGGGUAGUCGUCGUAGUCUUCAUCUUCAGUGUAAUCAUUUGCUGCCCCAAUUCCUUCCGUGUCAUUCACAUCCAUCAUCUCCUCAACCGGAGAUGGUGCUGCUGCCGUCGGUUCCUUUGUUGCUCGUUUGUUCUCAGCUGCAGCCCCCGUCUUCAUUCCCUUCCACUCCAAGUAGGUGUCAAACUCGUAGAAGGUGACAUCUCUGGUUGCUGUCACCUUGCCUGUCUCCACAUCCCUUAUAAUCCAACCUUUGCUCUCUGGGCAGAUUCCCAAGUAGAUUCCCCACUUGGUUCGAGGUAGGAGCUUGUGGUCGGGUCCCGCCGGCUCCCGGUACUGCACCAUGCAGCCCCAUACACGUAAGAACUCCAGGUUUGGCUUGCGCUUGUAGAACGCCUCGUGGGGUGUGAUGUCGGCUACAAGUCCCUUAGUCGGUAGUCGAUUUUUCAGCCAACAUGCCAUGCCGAGUGCGUCACCCCAAUAGUGUAGAGGCAGUCCGCUAUCCGCCAGCAUGCUUCUUACGCUUUCCAGUAGAGAUCGGUUCGCCCGCUCUGCUAUGCUGUUGUGUUGAGGAGUGUGCGGCACCGUUAGUUGCUGCCGAAUGCCCUUUGACUUCAAGUAGCUCUUGAACUUUUGAUUGAUGAACUCGCCACCAUUGUCCGUCCUUAGUACUUUUAGUUUCCUUCCGCUUUGCCUUUCCGCUUCAGCCUUCCAGUCGAGGAAGCUUGCGAACACUUCAGAUUUGUUCUUGAUCUCCGUCACCCAUGUAUGUCGUGUGCCAAGUCUUGGUAGCUUUUCCUUCCACGCAGGAGGUGCAACUCAGCUCUUUUUCUGCAUCCUCUGUCACCUUCACUCCCACUACCAUGUUUUUCUUGAUCAACUCCUUGAUGC